AUGGUUAGAUGUAAAGCUGGGGGUGUGGGGGGGGCAGCCCUGGUGACUGUGGGGACGUGGAACCUUCAGAGCUGUAUCCAAAGGAUCUUGUUCUCCACGCUGGUCUUCGGUCCGGCCUGUGGCUUCAUCCUGGGCUCAGUCUGCACUAAGUACUACGUGGACGCCAUCUUCAUCGACACCGCGGAGCUGGGCAUCAGUCCUGAGGACCCCGGGUGGAUCGGGGCCUGGUGGGCCGGCUUCCUCCUGUGUGGGGCCCUGCUCUUCUGCUCCGCUCUCCCCAUGUUUGGUUUCCCUCAGUCACUGCCUCAGUUCGAGCGAGAUGAGACGGGGGAGACCCAGCAGGUCAUGCUGCCUCCCCCCUCACACUGUCAGGAUAAAGCCAACGGAGCAGUGGCUGGUGUGGAGCAAGGGGACAGCGCCACCUGCUGCCAGCAGCUGAGAGUGAUCCCGGGCGUGACGCGGCGGCUGCUCUCCAACCCGGUCUUCACCUGCAUCAUCCUGGCGGCGUGUAUGGAGAUCGCCGUGGUCGCAGGGUUCGCCGCCUUCCUGGGAAAAUACUUGGAGCAGCAGUUCAACCUGACCACCACCUCGGCCAAUCAGCUGCUGGGCAUGACCGCCAUCCCCUGCGCCUGCCUGGGGAUCUUCAUGGGGGGUCUCCUGGUGAAGAAGCUGGAGCUGUCUGCAUUGGGGGCAGUGCGGAUGGCCAUGCUGGUCAACCUGCUGUCCUCCGCCUGCUACGUCUCCUUCCUGUUCCUGGGCUGCGACACGGGGCCAGUGGCGGGGGUCACCAUCCCCUACGGAAACCAGACCCUCAGAGUAGGGGAGAAGCCAGAGGCAGCCUGUCUGUCCCAGUGCCAGUGCUACAUCUCCUCCAUCAGCCCCGUGUGCGGCUCCGACGGCAUCACCUACCUCUCCUCCUGCUUCGCUGGCUGCACCGCCUCCGACCGUGGCCAGAGGGACAGCGCUCAGAACCUGAGCGGCUGCAGUUGUGUGUCUUCCGUCCCGGAGGCUGCCACCGCGGUCCCGGGGAAGUGUCCGGCUCCGGGUUGUCAGGAGGCCUUCCUCAUCUUCCUGUGUGUGAUCUGUGUGUGCAGCCUGGUGGGAGCCAUGGCCCAGACCCCCUCUGUCAUCAUCCUCAUCAGGACGGUGAGCCCCGAGCUCAAGUCCUACGCUCUGGGAGUCCUGUUCCUGCUGCUGCGGCUGCUGGGCUUCAUCCCUCCCCCGCUGGUCUUCGGUGCGACCAUCGACUCCACGUGCCUGUUCUGGAGCUGGGCGUGCGGCGACCAAGGGGCGUGUCUUCUCUACGACAACGUGAGGUACCGCCACCUGUACGUGAGCCUCGCCAUCAUCCUCAAGGGCGUGGCCUUCCUGCUCUACGCCACCACCUGGUACUGCCUCCGCCGGAACCACGCCAAGUACAUCCACGGCGCGGAGAACCAGCUGACGCCCACACAGUUCUACCCUGGACCAGCGAGCGACGGCACCAAGUUCAUCUACAGCCAGGACGAGAACGAGUACUGCGAAAACGUGGAGUCAGUGCUGUAG